UUUUGGUUCUGACUAUCUACUUAAGUCUCUUGAAAGUUCUGAGGUCAAAAAACCCGAUUUUCAGGUCAAUAUUGACCUCUAACAAGAGAAAAAGACCUCAAUUAAUAACGAGACGUGUUAAAAAAGUUCAAAUCACAUAAAACCAAAAAUUCAAGUCUUAUCAGCGCUAUCAGAAAGUUCACUUUACUUCACUUUUCCACCUCUAGAAUAAUGUUAAAUUUAGUAUUCGUGUCAAUAUUAAGCCUUUUUGUGAUAGUAAAGUCAAAUGAGUUCAGCGGGUUCGACGACUCCAUCCUGCACAUCAUAAAAUGGCCGGGAACCGAAAACAUUGACGUGCUGGACAAACAACAACAAGAGGAACAAGAAGAAAUCUUCCUCACGACACAUCGCAACGAAAAAUAUCGCUGCACAAUUCCCAUCAUCACGGACAAAGAUGAAGAACGAAAACUCGACACAGAUUUGCAAAUUCCGAGUCCUGUGGAGCUUUUGAUUCCACUUUUCCUCACAAAUUCCUGUUCCUAUCGCAUCGAGUCUUAUUGGACUUACGAAGUGUGUCACGGGCGGUACAUCAAACAAUUCCACGAAGAACGCGAAGGAAAGACAAUCAAGGCGCAGGACUACAUGCUCGGCAAAUGGAACCAAACACUCACGGAAAAGCUGCUGGACGAGUACAAAAAUAUCGAGAAAGAGCACGAAAAAGUGCAAUUUACCAAAGUUGAAGGUGUGAAGCUGCCAACGCUGAGUGUGAAUAUGGUCGAUGGCACGUUAUGCGAUUUGAAUGGGACUCCAAGAACGACACGGGUGAUGUACGUUUGCGACGUUCAAGGCAAAAAUGAGGUUUAUUCGUUGAAGGAAACGAUGACCUGCAGUUACGAAAUCAUAAUUUUGACGCCGUUGCUGUGUUCGCAUCCAUUGUACAAGCCGGAAAAGCAAACAGAGAACCCAAUCAGUUGCUAUCCAGCGGGUCAUGCAGCAACAAAACCGAGAUCUUUGUUGGCGAUGGAAGCGGAAAGUCUGAAAACGAAAUAUCAGAAAAUUGGGGAUAUGCAAAAGUCCUCCCGAGAUCACAAGACUUAUGCAGUUUUCAAAGUAGAUCCUAAGGACGGCGUUCUAAAAAUGGAAUUUUUCGAAGGCGGUUUGCUGGAUGAGCAAAUAAAGGACGCAAUUUCGCUCGAACAGGCACUCACCGGCAAGGAAGUCAAACCAAAACUCUCGGCAUACGACUUACCCACCGACAAACAGCCCGUAAUUGACUUCCUCGAAGGUCGCACUUGCCUCAACGGGGGCUCCGGAUGGUGGAAAUACGAACUUUGUUACGGGCGGUACGUGCGGCAAUAUCACAUCGACAAAAACGGCGAAACGAGUCUCAUUUUGGGCGCCUUUAAUCGUGACGCGCACAUCGACUGGCUCACGAAAAACCCCCAUAAACGUCCGGCGCCGAAGGAAACUCGCACGGAAAUCGUUCAUUUCUACACCGGAGGCACACAUUGCGAGAAAACGGGAAAACCGCGACAAACGGAGGUCAAAUUGAAGUGUUUGGAAAAGGCGGUGAGUCAAUCGAGUGUCUCGCUGUACUUGUUGGAGCCACGAACGUGCGAAUACGAGUUAUCUGUGCAAAGUAGCUUGAUUUGCGACAUUCUUCAUUUGGCCGAUGAGAAUGGUUUGGUUCCUUCGAUGUUUGAUAAAUUCACAGCGACAGACGAUGAUGACUUGAGUAACAAUAAUGAGAUCGAUUUGGGCAAUUAGUGAUUUGCGGUGCAACAAAAAUAAAGUAAUUUAUGAAUUUUAA